GAAGAAUAAUUACCGGGUGCGGUACGCUUCGGAGGCAGAGAUAUGCAGCGCUAACUUGCGUUUCCAGCCGUCCAUCGCCGCAUGAGCACAAUGGAAUCGCAGCGUUCCAAGAACCUGAUGCUCCUCUGCCUCCGAUCUCAAAGCACUCGGGUUGCACUGGUGGGUGGUAACCACACCGCUGCCCGUUUUUGCACACGCUAGAUAACCCUCGUUAAUCCUCCCUCUUCCCCUCUCUCUCUUUCUCUCUCUGUUUUUUCGCUACCUUCUCUGACAAUUGCAUCUAGUUUCUCGCGGUAAGUUUCCUCGCCAGACGCUCCGCUGACAGAAAAGAAUGUCUCCGAUGGGCGUCCAUCGUCACCUCGGCCUCGGCGGCGCCGUGCAUCUUGGGAACAACCGCCUCGUCAUCCGCCUACCGGACCUCUACCUCGUCCGGCUCAUCGCACGGUCGGUUCUCCUUGCCGCUACCGUCUUCUCCUUUGCCGCCGUCCUCCAGUACGGUGACGGCGAUCGAUCAGACGAUGCGGGCGCUAGCUUCCUGCCGAACCGCCUCAGCUUCCUUGGCCGGCGCGGCCUGCUCCGAGCCGAGGACCACGACUUCUUCCUCCGCGAUGCAAGCAAGGGAGGUGCAGAGGCGUUGCCCUCUGACUUUGUGAUAUCCGCCUCGGCCGGCGAUUUCGAGCGUGCCGACCUCGCGGCCGUCCGAUUGGGACGCGACCCAUCGGAAUCCUUCCGGACACCGGUGAACUACGCCGUGGAUUAUAUCGGACAGACCGGUUCCGCCGCCAUGGUGGCGAUGCUGAAGAAGACUACAAUCGACGGGGGCCUGAGACUUCGACGGCUUCUGUCUGUCCCGGUGGCAAAGAAAGAGGCGCUGAGCGGGCUAGAAGAAGUACUUCUGGAGCCUCCGGGUCCGGGGCGGCUGGGAUGGCGGCGGAAGGCGAGGUACCUACCGGUGCUGACAGGGGACGCGCUGGACGGUUACCCUCGUCGGGUUUUCGUGGAGGUGGCCCCAGCCGGCGCAUCCGGGAACGGCGCGGUGUGGUUCGAGCGCAACUACCCGACGAUGGGGCGCGCCUUCGAGUUCAUCCACGUGGAGGUGAAGGAGGAGGAGGCGACGGCGGAAGCGGAGCCAGAGGCGGGAACCCCAUCGCUGGCGGAGUGGCUGGAGCGGAACGUGAAGGAGGAGGAGUACGUGGUGGUGAAGGCGGACGCUACGGCGGUGGAGGAGGUGGUAGGGGAGGGGUCGAUCGGGUUGGUGGACGAACUGUUCCUGGAAUGCGACCACCAGACGGGAGAGACGGAGGAGGACGAGGCGAAGAUGGGCCGCCGCCGCCGCCCGUACUGGGAGUGCCUGGCGCUCUACGGCAAGCUGAGGGACGCCGGCGUGGCGGUUCAUCAAUGGUGGAGCUUUUAAUCGAGAGAAAAAGGGCGAAAAACAAGAGGAGCGAAACAUGAGAGAAGAGGAAAGGAAAAGUAGGAUUGGGGUGGAUUUUCUAGUAAACAUGUUUUUGUUUUAACAAAAUGCAUGGAACAGAACGGAUUAAAUAAAUGGAGCAGUUUGGGACUCCAAUACUUCUUCAAUUUUGGAGGUUCGACCGCUUGAGGAAAGCUCGAAGGGAGAGAGAGGCAUUUUGUCGUUUAUGUAAUUUUUUUCGUUUAUGUGAUAUGUAACAUGUUCUUUUAAAGAUAUUCUUUUUAUA